AAUUUUUUAAAAAUAAAAAAAAAAACAUAUAAAUUCAUGUCAGCUCUUAGUCAUGUCUUACUGCAUCAAAGUAAGCAUAACAGUCCCCCUCUCGCGUUGCAGAAAACACAAAAAACCUAUAUAAACACCCACUCUUUUUUUUUAUAUUUUCUUUUUCUUCUUUAUCUUUCUUUUCUUUCAACUCACACACACACAAAAAAAAUGUCUCCUACUGUUCAAUGCGCAUAUAUCGGGUUAGGCGCAAUGGGUAACGCCAUGGCCGGUCAUAUCGCACAAAAAUUAUCUUCUUUAGGUUGUCCACCUCUUUUGGCUUUCAACCGUACUCAAGCACGCGCCGAAGCUUUAGCUCAAACACAUCCCGUCACCGUCGCUUCUUCCCUCGAUCAAGUGGCUACCGCCAACAUCAUCUUUUCCUGUCUCUUGAAUGAUGCUGCCGUGAUCGAGACCUUGGACACUUUAAUCCCCCUUUUAAAGACCGAUACCAUCCUGGUAGAACAAUCUACCAUCAGUCCUGCAUUGGCUCAAAAGUAUGCUGCCAAAGCCAAGGAGGCUGGUGUUGUUUAUUUAGCUUGUCCCGUGAUGGGUCCCCCUAUCAAGGCGAAAUCGGGUGAUUUGACCGUGUUAAUGGCAGGUGGUGAAUCCGCCGAAAUUCGCGGUAAGGUGUUACCUUUAUUGAUCCCUGUGGUAGGUAAAAAAGUGAUUGAGCUGGGCUUACAGGAUGUAGCUGAAUCCUUGAGAUUGAAGUUGUGUGGUAAUUAUUUCGUCACAUCUGUGGUUGAGAUGGUAGCGGAGGGAAUGACGUUGGGAGAGGCAUCUGGUGUAGGACAAGAUAAGGUGAAGGAGCUCUUGGAUGCUGUGUUCCCUAAUUCGUUAAUGGGUGUCUAUGCCGAUCGUAUGUUGAAGAACACGUACAAGGAUGAGAUCGCGUUUCCUAUCACCACUGCUAAAAAAGAUGUUGCCCAUAUUGUACAAUUGGCCAAAGAUUCGGGUGCCAAGUUACCCAUCACAGAGGCCUUUUUGAAAAAUGCCGAUGAGGUGUUGGAAAACCAUGGAAAUUAUGAUUUGUCUAGUGUUGUGGGUAAUUUACGUGUUCAAGCAGGUCUUCAUUUUGACCUUGCCGAGAAGAAAUAAUAAAGACUUUUUGUUUGUUUGUUGUAAAAA